AUGUCGUCGGAGCUGCUCGAGCGCGUGGAGAAAUGGGCGGCCGAGACGCCCACGAAGGAGCUUAACAAGCGCGUGCAGAACCUCGCGGGGCUCCUCGUCGCCUCCACACAGCAGCACAGCAAAGGGUUGGGGCUGAAGCAGGGAGACCGAGUGCUGCUGGUGUACCCCCCAGGACUGGACUUCAUCGUGACCUUCUUGGCCUGUCUCAGGGCUGGAGUCGUGGCGGUGCCCGUGUACCCGCCUGACCCGCGCAAGAUGAAGAAGGACAUCAGCAUGUUCGUGACCGUGACGCAGAACUGCCAGGCCAAGACGGCGCUGACGUGCUCGAUGUACUACAACGUCAAGAAGAUCUCGGCUAUCAAAGAGAAGUUCACGUUCUCGGGCGCGGCGCAGUGGCCCGAGCACUUGUCCUGGGUCGUUACGGACGAUUUGGUGGACGCCAAGGGGAUCGACCCAGCCAAGCACUGGCUUACGCAGUCUCCGUCUGCUAACAGCACGGCGUUCUUGCAGUACACUUCGGGUUCCACGUCGGCCCCCAAGGGAGUGGUGCUCUCGCAUGGCAACUUGAAUCACAACCUGCGCACUAUCAGCUCGGCGCUUCACGCCGGACGAGACACGGUGGUAGUGUCGUGGCUGCCGCAGUAUCACGACAUGGGUCUCAUUGGCGCUUACCUGGGCACCAUCUUCAACGGCGGAACAGGAGUGUACUUGUCUCCGUUCAGCUUUAUCCGUGACCCCUGCUUGUGGCUUCGCCUGGUUUCCAAGCACUGCGCCACGCACCUGCAAGCGCCUAACUUCGCGUACUCGCUUCUUGCGAGGAAAUCCGACCGCCUUACCGCUGGGCUCAGUAGCGGGGAGACUGUGGAUCUCUCCAGCGUAAGGCAUAUAAUCAAUGGCGCGGAGCCUAUUCAAGGCGAGGCCAUGGACAACUUCCACCGUGCCUUCUCGCCCUUCGGACUGCCUGAGGGGGUCGUGAAGCCGACGUACGGCCUUGCAGAGCACACUGUGUACGUCUGUGGCGGGGGGAAGCAGCGGCUGUGGGUGGACAAGCAAGCGUUGGAGAGUGACCGCAUCUUCCGAGUCGUUGAGAAGACUAGCGCAGCGGGGCUCGUAAAGGAGAUGAUCGGCUGCGGUGUGCCUUCGCGGAAGGACUACGGUAUUGAUGUUCGUAUUGUCGACGCGGAGUCAGGACAGGAGAAGCCCGAAGGCGAGACCGGCGAGGUGUGGAUCUCGAGUGCUUCCAAGGCGCAAGGUUACUACGGUGAUGAGAUGGGUGAGUUCUCCGCUGAGGCAUUCCAGGCUAAAGUUGCUGGCGACGAGGACGGCAAAACGUACUUGAGAACUGGCGACCUGGGUGUGAUAUACAACGACGAGCUCUUCAUCUGCGGCCGAAUGAAGGACCUGGUGAUCAUUCGCGGCCGUAACCACUACCCUCAGGACCUGGAGGCCACAGCAGAGACUCACGAGGAGCUGCGACCAGGAUGCUGCGCCGCGUUCUCGUACUCAAAUGGUGGCAACGACGAGGAAGAAAAGCUGGCUGUGGUGGCGGAGCUGCGUGACCCUGCGAUGACGAGCAAGGCCAGUCUGUGCGGCAAGAUUCGCACUGCUAUUGCACGAGAACACGGCGUCAAGGUGACUCUGGUCGUGCUGCUGGCGCCUCGUACAAUCCCGAAGACGACAAGCGGCAAGAUCUCGCGAUCUCGGUGCAAAAAGGCACUGGAAGACAAGGCACUGGAAGAGCUCUACCGCAAUGAAGAUAUGAUUGCCGACGUCCCGGUCGAGGACGACGGAGGCGAUGAAGCUGUGGCUGGCGAGACGAUGGACCGAAAUGUCAACGGCCCGCGUGUUGCCCCUACUGACGGGGGCGCUCCGAAGUCAAACCUGCCGUCAGUGAUCACGGGGGUCCCUCCUGACCAAGUGCACGCGUUCUUGGUGAACGAACUUGCCCAUACGCUUGGCGUCGAACCAUCUCAAAUCAACAACAACACGCCGCUGCAGGAGCUCGGUCUGGACUCGAUGGCACUGACGCAGCUUCAAGGCGUGAUCGCACAGAAGUAUCAGGUGCAUGUCGAGGAGGAGUUGCUGUAUGGAGAGGGCACAACACUAGCGAGUCUCCAUGCUGGACUAUGCGGUGGUGCGUCGGGUAGCAGGUCAGGAGCAGGUGCGAACUCUGGAGGCGCCCCCAAGCAAAAGCUCUUCUGUGGAUGCAUCGCGUGCUAA